AUGAUGAAACGCACUCUCAUGUGUGCUCGAAGAACGCUCUCCUGCUCAACAUCAUCAUCACAUUUAAAUAUUUAUUUCCUCUCCCAUAGUAGUGCUCAAUAUCAUAGUAUCCGACGAUUUUCAACAACGUUCAAGCCAAAUGAAAUAUCUCCCAUUCAUUUUCCUUACGGGGAAUCAUAUUUCCCAAGGAUCAGAAGAGAAAAACGGUUCUAUGUCGACAAAACUCAUAUAAUACCCUUUUUAGAGAGAAGUGGUAAUGUAUUGUUCUUUGCUCGUCCUCCAAGAUGGGGCAAAUCUUUACUGUUGACAAUGUUGGAAGCAUAUUACGACAUCAAAAUGGUAAACGAGUUCGGAGAGUUGUUUGAUGGCCUGUGGAUUGCUCACCCAAAACACCAAACACAAUUGAAAAAUCAAUUUCAUGUAAUAAGGUUUGAUUUAUCAAUCACUCUUGAUGCAUAUUAUCAAUCUAAUGGAAAAGGAAUAUCAAACAGCAUCAAACAAUCAUUAUACGACAAAAUUAAUGUUGACAUAAAACAUUUUUUGUUGGAUUAUGGUUUAGAUGGUACCACUAUACUAGAUCCACAUGAUGCUCUUGUAUCAUUCGAUAAUCUGGUUUCGUACUUCCGAGAAAACAAGAUGAAAUUAAUGGUUCUAGUUGACGAAUCGGACAGAAUUGUACACAAAUUCAUGUUGGAAUUUCCUUUAAACUAUACAGGAGAUGCUGUAUUUUCUCCAAUUCAAUCAUUCUUUGAGCGCAUCGAACAAGAAUCAUCAAGCAAUUCUGACUUUCGAGCUUUAGUUGUUGGUAUUACACCACUUUUGCUUUUUGAUUCUCUUGGUAGACAAUUCGCCACAGAUAUUUCACACACAUCACAAUUCAAUGACGCGGUUGGAUUUUCCAAAAAAGAUCUAGAAAGGGCUGUGAAUGACAUUGGUAUUUCAAACACAGACCAUAAACAUAACGUACUCUCAGCCAUGUACAAGUACUAUGCUGGCUUUUAUUUUCCAGGUUCAGUAGAGCCUCUUUUCAAUCCACAACUUUCAUUUUAUUUUCUAAAAAAGCUGAUACGAGAUAAUACUUUCCGUCGUGAUGUUAUUGAAGGAAAGAACCCUACCGUUCGUGACAUGAUGGAUGAAAAUGUGAAAAUAGGCUCUAGUGUUUUUGACGCUCUUUUAGAAUUUCAAAUUUUUAAACCUAUCCUUCAGCGAUGUACUUCAACAAACAUGGUUGAUUUCCUCGGUCUUGGAUACCCUCAUACUGACAUCUAUCCCAGCCCUAAAGACAUUCUUAAACCACCUAUAGCAUAUGUCUCUAACAAAACAGUAUGGAAUCAUUUACUAUCCUUUAUGUAUUAUCAUGGCAUGCUUACUCUAUUACCAUUUAAUUUAUUUGGUGAAGGUACAUUAGUUGUUCCAAAUGAAAUAGCAAAACAUCAAUAUUUAGAUCGCCUUCCUGAUAUUUUAUGCAUGAACAAUCUUUACAUUGAAAGAUUUAUCAAUGAUCCAACAGAAGACAGAUUGAAACAAUUGUUGAAAGAAUUUAUAUUGGAUCCAGUAUUUGAUGUCACAAUGCCGGAAGAUGGUCUGCAAGGAAGUUUUGAGGCUGCUCUGAACGCUUGCAGCUCUAAAUUAUUUAAAUUGACUUCAAACAGAGAAUAUACACAAAUUGGUGGAAUGAAACCUCUCCCACAUGGAUCAAGCGUUUUAAUCGAAACAUUGAAUAAUGUAAUCAUUAUUGAAUUUACCCGUAUCAAGUUGGACUCGUUGGAAGAAUAUGAAAACUUCCACUCUCUCUAUAAUGAACCCAUCACUCCAGUUGCAUUUAAGAGUGAGUUUGAGGAUUUGUUAUAUGCAGAUGAAAAACAAUUGCUCUCCAUGAACGCCACCUUGAAUUCUACAUUUAUUCCUCUUCAUCAACCAGAGAUUAUCACAAACCAGGAACGAACAACCGUAGAAGACAUUUUCAAUAAUGCUGUUAUUCGAGCAAAAGAACAACAUGCGUCAAACAAUGAGAAAAACAAAGGCAAGACCAUUCAUACCUUUGUUGUAGUACAAGUUGGAUGGCCACUCAUUGUACGAAAAGUCGACUAA